AUGUGCAUGUAUUUAGUAAGCAUCGGCUCACAUUUAUCGCUUCCCAUUGCUCAUAAUGCUCACAUCUUGGCUGCUAGUAUCGCUGCUGCUGACCACAGCAUACGCUUUUCAGAUUGGGGUCAAAAUUCGUAUGGAGCAGCAAAUCCUACCGAUAAAAAGAAUUGGCAACAACCGCUUCGAUAUUAUUGCGAGGAUGAUUCCAUUGAUGUUCUCCCUGUGUCGUUCUUGACAACGUUCUUUAGCACAGGUGGCAAACCUACAAUCAAUCUUGCCAAUUAUUGUAACAGCGUGGACAAUUCUACAUUCCCAGGAACCCAGUUGGCAGAUUGCUCAGGCAUGGAAGAUGAUAUUCGAUAUUGCCAGCAAAGAGGCAAAGCCAUCACAUUGUCUUUGGGUGGAGCCACAGGUGGUGUAGGCUUUUCUUCGGAUGAUCAAGCAAAUGCAUUUGCAGAUACUCUUUGGAAUGACUUUUUGGGUGGGACAUCAACAACACGUCCAUUUGGCAAUGUAUCUCUUGAUGGCAUUGAUUUGGAUAUCGAAGGCGGUGGAGCAGCACACUAUCCGGUCUUCCUUCGUAAAUUGAAAACCUACUUUGAUGGAGCCGAUAAGAAAUACUACAUUACAGCAGCACCACAAUGUGUAUUUCCAGAUGCCAACUUACAGCAAACUAUGAAUGAUUUCCCGAUGGAUGCCGUAUAUGUCCAAUUUUACAACAACCCCUGUGGGUUACAAACAUAUGGCAAAGCAUCCCAAUGGAACUUUGGUAUGUGGGAUCAUUGGGCACGCAACGUAUCUCCAAACAAGGACGUCAAGAUUUACAUUGGUGCUCCUGCCAGCAGCAGUGCCGCUGGGGGUGGUUAUGUACCUUUGGCCACGCUUGCUAAGAUUGUUAACGACACUCGUCAUUCAUUCCCAAGUUUCGGUGGUGUCAUGUAUUGGGAUGCAUCACAAGCACGUGCCAAUGGACGAAUGGAUUCAGGGAUCAAGGGAAUAAUGGGUAAUACUUGUAAUGGCGGUUUUGAAUACCCACCAUGCGAUGCACCAACAUGGGAUCAUUCUGGAAGAUUGUAUACCGCUGGAAAUCGUGUUUCACACAAAUACAUCUGGGAGGCAAAAUGGUCCGCAAGUGCAGAGCCCAAAGCAAACCCCAUGGGUGAAUGGGCACCAGUCAAAGCAUGCCAAGCAAAUGGCUCACCACCCAAUAUCCCCAGCAUACCCAUACAUCAAAGCCCAUCAUCGUCUGCUUCCGUACCCACACAAAAGCCGCUUCCUUCAACAAGCAGCAACGCUAAUACAAGUAACACGAUGAACAAUGCUCCACCAUCUUCGGUAAAACCAACAUCCUUGGGAAGACCAAACGCCACAACAGCUACCCCCACUCCAUUGCCACCACAAACGACACAACAAACACAACCUACUGGCAACCCUUGUAAUACACUCCCAUUGUGGUCGCCAAGCUCAACUUACACUGGUGGCUCCAAAGUUGUGUAUCAGCAAAAGGUGUGGUCUGCUGCUUGGUGGACGUAUGGCGAUGUACCCGGUGGUGCAGCGGGUGUUUGGUCCAUGGAAAAAGCAUGUCCAUAA